CAAAAACAAUCCAGAGUCGGUUUGGGGCAGAAACAAAAAACAAAAGAGAGGGAAGGCGGAACGGAGAAAAAUGGUCUCUCCGGUCUCCGGUGCCCGCCGCUUUUUCUUCUCAGAAGUAGUUCAUGUAUAUGAAGCUUAGCUCUUUCACCGGAAACGUCAGUUAAAAUUCCAGCUUGAAAUCCCCUCGCAUUCAACCUCUAGUUAGUGUAAAUUCUCUUCAAUUUUGGUACUCCAUGCUAUUGUUAGGUUUUCUUGCCCUAUUAUUUUCGUCACUGUUUCUUUCUUCUGUGUGUUAGCUGGUUCAAACUGCUCCUGUGGGGUUCAAGUUUCAUCUUCUUGGUUGCUUGUGUUUGUAAUUCCCGAUUGUUGCAACUCUUGCUUCUUGUAUAGCUAUUGCAGUUCAUCAAUUUUUUUCCCUUUUCGAAAUUAUAGUUUUUUUUUUGUGGUUUUAACCUCUAAUGAUUAAAGUUAUCGUUUGCAUUAUUUUUGUUAUCUUUCUGGCUAAUGUAUUUUACUUAGAGUUUGAUUUUAAUGUUGCAGCAAAUGGCGGAGGAUGUUGUGGUUAAAGAUAAGGCCUGCAAGCCCUGCUGCCAAGUGUGGGAAGAGAAGUACUCAAAAAUGAAAGAGAAGUUUUUAAAGUCUGAAAGUAUUCGGAAGGCUUUUAAGGACACACUUCCGCAGGUGGAGCAGAGAUUGAGUAAAUUGCAAGCUGAAAAUAGUGAUCUCAAGAAAGCAUGUGACAAAGAGAGGGCACGAGCGGAGAGUGAAAAAGAAGAUAAGGAGAAAGAAAAUACUCUGCGAGUUGCUUUGGAGAAUGAAAUUUCUGCUCUGAAGACUGAGAUUCUUUCACUGCAGGAGAAUGGGGAUCUGAAGCGUAGAGGUCUGGAUCAGGAUGUUGCAAGUUUGCAGCAACGUAUUUUGGAAGCUGAAGCAGAAGUAUUGGAGCUCAAGGGGCUAUUACAAAUGGAAAAAGAGAAGGUUGUUCACGAGAAAGAGAAAGUUGAUAUGGAGAGAAAGAGAGCUGAGGAGGCUCUAAUUAAAGUGAAAGCUGAAAUGAAGAAGGCUAGUGAAGUCAAGAGGCUUACUGACAUUGAAAAGAAGAAGGAUGAGAAGUUUAUACUUCAAAUCGAAAGUUUGAGAUCUGAAGCGGAUGAAACAAAAUCAAAGUUAGCUUUGCAGACUUCAAAAUAUGAAGAGGAAAUCAGAAAGCUUAAGGCUGAAAUUGAAUUAUCAAAAAAGGAGAGAGACCGAGCAAAAAAAGAGAUGGCUAGUGAAAAAAAAAGGCUUACAGACAUUGAAAAGAAGAAGGAUGAGAAGUUUAGACUUCAAGUAGAGACUUUGAGAUCUGAAUUGAAUGAGGCAAAAUCAAAGUUGUCUUUGGAGACAACAAAAUAUGAAGAGGAAAUCAGAAAGCUUAAGGCUGAAAAUGGACUAUCAAGAAAGGACAGAGAGCAAGCAGACAGAGAGAUGGCUAAAAAUGAAAAUUUACGAAAGCUGGUAGAGGCGAAUCGGAGGAAGGCAAUGGACGAAAGGAGUCGCGCGGAUCGCUUGUCUCAGCAAUUGGAUGAGACUAAAAAAAGGCUUGAAGAUUUUGAGAAAGAAUUUUCACGUGUGUCUAUCACUAAGUUGGUCGAGAUUCCUGGUGACCAACCUAUUGAAUUGCUGGGAUCAAAAUCUGUUGGUGAGAUAGGUUCAGGAAUCAUCAGUAGAGAAAGUAUUGUACUAGAGGCACGUAAGAAGCAGGAAGGACUAGAAAAGAAAAUUUUUAGGGUCAAGAAGCAGGUAAAGUCAGAAAGGAAGAAAGCAGAAGAGCAAAUGAGAGUUGCAGAAGUAUAUAAGAGUAAGGCUUUGGAAGAAAGGAAUCGCGCUGAAUGGUUUUCUUAUCAGCUAGAUGCAAACAAGCAAAAGUUGGAAGAAAUACAAAACAAGGUUCAGGAGCUUAUUUCCUCUGUGAAAGUAUCUGAAUGCUUUGAUCCUUCAUCUGGUGGAAUUUUACAAGAAUCAACUGCUGAGAUCAAGUUUCUGAGGAAACAAUUGAAGUUUGAAAAAAUGCGAGUGAAGCAUGCCAAUGAAGUGUCUAAGAUGGAAAUGGAUCGGAACCAGAUGCUUCGACGAGAAAUACAUUGCAUAAAACAGGAAUUCCUACAAUUCUUAAAGCGCUUAGACAUACUGGACCAGGGCCUCUUUCUCAAAUGUGGGGGCAUGAAUGAUCUGGAAAAGGUGGAAAACCCAAACUUGGAGCAAGGAUGUUUUCAUACCCAGCCAUCUCAAAUGAUUCUCGAAACUGAAAAUGAGUUUGUAAAACAUACAAGCAGCAUUGCGAGAGGACCUGGCCCUACUGUGUUAAUUCCUCCUGUAUCCGGGGAGAUCUGCACAGGUCCCCUUACAGGUACUGAUUCUAGUUUGGAUCUUCUGCUUAGAAGUUCCAGCAGAAACGUGUUACAGACUUCUGCCCUAAAUUCCAGUUCGGCAUCUUUUUCUGAUAGAACAUUGGUGGGCUCACAGGAAAAGGGUACUUCUUCCAUCACUGCACCAGCUUUAUUUACGGAAGAGCAAAACCUUGAACCAUAUACUUCCAGUUUGUCUGAUGUUACAAGGAAAAGUUGUGAUGAAAAAAUUGGUACAGGAGCUGUCAACAGUGUAGGAAGUCCAAUAAAGUUUGAUGCUACUGAAAGGAGUGUGAAGCACAAGAGGAGGAAGAGGAAAAGGUUUCCUGAUGUGGGUGAUUCCAUUGAGAAGCUGUAUUCUGCUAGUCGAAAAUUGAAGCCGCAAGUAAUAGAUAAUUUAACUAUGCUGCAUGGCAUUUUAAAUGGCGAAUCCCUGAAUUCUUCUGGUGAGGAAACACUUUUGGUUCCCAAGUUAAAAGAAAAUGUCUGCAGCAAGUUAGCUAGACCUCACAAGAAGCAAAAAGGGUCAAAUAUCGGUCUCAAAAUGCUGCCUGCUGUUGAACUUAAAUCAAAACAUGAAGCUCUUAGUACUGAAAUCUCUGAAGGUUACAAAAUGGCUUAUACAAUUGACUGCAAUAAAAAUGCUCCUGAUUUAGAGAAUGAUGGGGAUUUUGAAUUGCUGGAUCAGGGUGUUAUGGCAUUGGUUGAUUUGGACAAUGAUAAGGAUGAAAAUUUUUUUCGCAAAGCAAUCAAAGAGCCUGUCGCUCCCCUUUCUCCUUCCUUUUGUAAUAUCCAGUUUCCAUGUACAGAGGCCACUGAGAAUCAAUUGCAAGCCUCUUGGUCCGUGCCAAGCAUUUCCAGAGUUCAAGAACAAGCAAUGCCAUCAAACUGUUUUGAUGUAAUCAACAUAGAAAUCGAUUCCAAUGAAAAGACCCUUAAAAGCCUUGGGACUAGCAAAAGUUUGUUUUUUGAGACGUGUGAACCUUGUAAUGAUUCCAGGAAAGGUAUAGAUUGUAGUGGUUGUGGCAGUUCUGGUAUUGAGAAUUCUGGUCAGAUAGCGGCAGCGUUUGCUCCUAAAGAUGCCAAGGUCACCUCAGACUCAAGAGGUUUGAAGUUUAGUAGAUCUCUGCAAUAUUGUGUCGUUUCUCCAAAUAACAUUGAUACCGGCAGCAUUCAUAGGAUAUUUCAUGCUUGCCAUGGAACUAUUUCUCAAAUUUCUGGCACCUGUUUGAGUGAAAGAUUGAUACUGACUAUCUUGCUUUCCCUUCAACAGGCUGAUGGUUUAUCUGUUGGGGAACGAGCUUCUGUUCUAUUCUCACUGCUACUUCACUACAUUCCUGAGAUUGCAAUUGGUGAUUUCAGAAGCUUUUCUGAUGCUGGUUUCCUUCAGCUAAUAGAUUCCUGUUCGCAACAGUGGUGUGCAGUGUUGUCUGAUGUGGCUACAAAGAGGAUGCUGCUCGAAUCCUGUGAUGUGGAUGAACUGUUAGCUCUAAUUGAGAGUUUCCUUUUAAACGGGACUAUCUUGAUGGAUGUUGAUGAUUUUGAUUGUAAAAUGAAUGGAUGUUGUUCAGGAGCGGAAUCUCUCCCUAAUGAUAAAGUUGUAUUUUGGUCUGUCGCAGCUGCUUCAACAGACGUGCUGUUUGCUGGUGGACUGUUAUUAGCAUUAAUAUGUGUGUCGAUUGAUCGAAUUGGUUCUCUUUGUGAGAUAUCUUACCACUUACUUUGCCAGAGGAAGAUUAACAUUUCCUUCGUGCUAAAACUGCUCCAUGCUUUUGCAUAUCUUGCCGGACCAAAAUAUUUUACCCUUGAAGAUUAUGGUUUAGUGAUGUAUGUCCAGAAAUCUCUGGUGGGAUUCCUUGAGAGGCUGGAUUCUUUACCAGCUGGAAAAUGUUCAUGUUUAUCCUCUGUGGAUGAGAAGUCGGUAAAGAUUUCAGCAUGUGGUGCAUGCCCAUUUUCGCAGGAUGUAGCUUCUGUUGAUUCAGUUGUAUCAUUGCUGCUGGAAAAGCUUCAGAGCUAUGCUUCUUCUGUUGCUGAAGAACAGGACCUUUGCAAUGAACUGUUGUCCUCAAAUAGUGUACCGGAGUUCCCUGGAACUGUUGCAGAUGUUCCAGGUGAGAAAGAGGUGGUUAAUCUGAAUUUUGAGUCAAACCAACAGCUAUGCUGGUUGCUUGACAUUCUUUCAUUAGUGGAGCUUGUUGCAAAGUAUAUGACCUGGGAUUGGACAUUCAGCACUAUCAUCUUAUGCCUUCUGAAGAUUCUGGACUCAUCUAUUCCAGGCUACGUGUUUGCUGCGUUAAUUGCUCUUCUUGGUCGACUUGGGAGGAUUGGAGUUGAUGCUAAAGGAUAUGGAGAUUCUCAAGUUGACAUCUUGAGAAAUUGGUUAGUGGGUGUCCUCUGCAGCACCAAAUUUAAGACUUAUGGUCUUCCGAUCCAGUUUGCUUCUGUGACGGCCUUAAUCGCCCUCGUUGAUAGGCCGUCAAUAGAAGAUGUCGACUCAAGUUUUGACAGUACCCUGACUGAUGGUCAAUCAUCAGCCCUGACAUGUCUAAGAAAGUGGUUUUCUUCCCUGUCAAUGGAAGAACAAUCAUCUUUCAGAUCCCUACAGUUGUAGCUAUUAGAUUUGAACAAGAGUCACCCUCUUCUAGUUUUGCCGUCUGACUCAGGUAGAAUUAAAGCCCAUGCCGGGGUCAAAAUCAUCCUAGGUUUGAUGAGUGCUGAACCUCCAUUAUUAUUAUUUAGAAUGGUGUUCCACAAAAAGUAGUUUGCGGUGCUCUGAUGUAUCUUUGAUGUUCACGCCAAUUGGGCAAUUUUGAUUAGUCAGCCAUUGGAACUUAGAUGCAUCAAGUGUGUGAACUGAGAACGUUUUACUUUUUGUCAAUAGAUUACCGUGCUGACUUGGUGACUUUGUAAAUUUGGUUUAGUCCAAACUCAGAGACUCUUUAAUUUAAGAACGCAAACAUGUUUUUUUUUUU